UUGAGUUUCCGUCUGUUGUUCUACCCAUGCCAGGAAUGUGAUAAUGUUAGAACACCUUGUUCUCCAAUAGCCCAAUUUAUAUAUUGUUUUAGAAUUUUAUUUUAUGGACAUUUGUUUUUACAUAUAUUGGGAUAUUUUCUCUCGGAUACGGAUUAUUUCCAAAAUUUACCUGGAUUAUGGAUUAUUCCUCCCCCCUCCCCCAGAAAAAACUAGGGCCUCACGUCUGCCUCACACUUUUGGCGCAUGGCAGAAGAAGCUUCUUUCCCCAGUCUCACUCAGCGUCUUCAAAGACUCGCUCCAGAGCUUUCGACCGUGCGCGUUCUGAAAAGGUGCCACAGCUGAGUUUUCCCCUACUAGAGGUUCCUUUGUGAAGUCGUGUAAAGCUACAGGGCAAAAAAUACUGCUGAUAUAAAGAGUCACACUUCAGGCACGUGUAAAACGCGUUUAUAGUAACCUGAGAAUCAUCUGACCAUUGGACAAUUCAAAGUGAAAUGACGAAGACGCAAACGAUUUGUCCGUGUAACGACAACGUGUGAUGACUUGUUCGGUUCACCGGGUCGUUCACCGGCAAAUUAGAUAUGGCGAGUUGUUUCCGUUCCCGUGGUUUGGCAAAGCCUCUCAUAUUUUGCACAUUAUGCGCCAUUGCGGACUUCUUACUAUCAGGUGUGUUGCUAAUUCGUGGCAGGGACAUUUCUACAUUUAAUCAACGUUUACAAAUCGACGAAUUCAAAUUUUGUUCGUCCAGUUUUGAUUUGUGGAUCCUGUCGUUGGUUCGAUUAUGUACAUUAUUGGGUGCCUCUUUUGGGGUGCUGUUCGCCAAACGCAAAAUGGACGCAGUUUCCAGGAUCAAUAACCUCAAGAAGCCUUGGCUUUAUUGUGGUAUCGCAGUCGUGGUCUUCGUUGUGGGAAAGUUUCUUCUGAGCACAGAAUGUAGCUUGGACAGCAACCCCAAGAUUUGGCUGUGGGCUUUCAUGGGAUGGACUGUAGGCAGUACAGUAAUGGCAUAUGGUCUGUGGUUCCUGCUUUGUAAACUCAAAUUCAUUGGCAUGUCUACAGAACAAGAAAUUGGCUCAAUACAAGAACGAGAGAGCCUGCUUCAUGUUGAUGAUUUUGACGAUUCAGAUGAUAGAGCAUCUAGUGAUGAAAACCCCACUAAGAAGGAGAAAGAAGGUAACAUUUCUGCUUGGAGACUUCUGUCCUAUUGUAAACCAGACAUCCCUUACAUUUCUUUGGCAUCUUUGUUUCUUUUGCUAGCAGCAACUGGUGAAAUCUUUAUUCCCUAUUACACUGGAGAAGUUAUAGACAGCAUUGCAAUUGAGAAAAACAAGGCUAAAUUUAUGACUUCUAUUCUUAUCAUGACACUGAUUUCACUGGGUACAGCAAUUGCCACUGGUUUACGAGGUGGUUUGUUUACACUGAUUGCUGCAAGGUUUUCCAAAAGAAUCAGCAACUUUUUGUUUGCUUCAAUUGUAAAACAGGAAAUUGGAUUCUUUGACAAUACAAAGACCGGAGAGGUAGUCUCGCGUCUGACCUCUGACACAACAAAAAUGUCAGAUCAAGUUGGAUUGAACAUAAAUGUUUUUCUUCGUAACUGUGUCCAAUCCACUGGAACAUGUGUCUUUAUGUUUAAACUUUCAUGGAAGUUAAGCAUUGUUACGUUAAUUGGCCUCCCUCUUGUUGCAUUUAUCUCUGAAAUUUUCGGAAAUUACUUCAAAAAACUUUCAACACAAGUACAAGAAGCAACUGCCAAAGCAAAUGAAAUUGCAGCAGAAGUAAUUUCUUCAAUGAAGACUGUGCGAAGCUUUGCUAAUGAAGAUGGUGAGUACAAACAUUAUGAGAACAAACAAGAAGCUAUAUAUCGACUCAAAAUGAAGGAAUCAUAUCUCUAUGGAGGCUACAGAUGGUGCACAGAAAUCCUUACACUUACCCUUGACGUUGUGGUUCUGCUUUAUGGUGGCCAUUUGGUACUUGAAGGAGAACUUAGUGGAGGAAACCUUGUGUCAUUCAUAUUGUACCAAUUGCAGCUUGGCUUCUACAUCAGUGAAAUUGGAGAUAUUUAUACAGGUCUUCUGGAAGCGGUGGGUGCUUCUGAGAAGGUAUUUGAGCUCAUUGACCGAAAACCUAAAAUCCAGAACAAUGGUAUUGUCAACCCCAGUGAAGUUUUAGGUGAAGUCAGGUUUGAAAAUGUGUCAUUUGCAUACCCCACAAGACCAAAUAUUUUAGUUUUAGACAAAGUAUCUUUUAGUGUGACACCUGGUGAAGUGAUUGCUCUUGUCGGUCCAAGCGGUGGUGGAAAGAGCACUUGCAUAAGUCUUCUAGAACACUUCUAUGAACCAACUUCUGGAGAAGUUCUGAUUGAUUCUAUCCCUGUGAGGAAUUUUGAGCACAAGUAUCUGCACAGCAAAGUUGCCUUGGUUGGGCAAGAACCCGUUCUUUUUGCCAGAUCAAUCAAAGAAAACAUUGCGUAUGGUCUUGGGAAUGGUGGCAACAUUGAUCAAACUUUAGUAGAACGUGUGUCCCAUCUUGCCAAUGCACAUUCUUUUAUCAGUGAUAUGUCAGAGGGUUAUGACACUGAAACUGGGGAAAAGGGUCUGCAGCUAUCGGGUGGGCAAAAGCAAAGAGUUGCCAUUGCUAGAGCAUUGGCGCGAAAUCCACGAAUUCUCCUUCUUGAUGAAGCAACUAGCGCCCUUGAUGCAGAGAGUGAACAUCUUGUCCAGGAUGCAAUUUACAAGAAUUUAGCUGGCCACACAGUAUUGAUAAUUGCUCAUCGCUUGAGUACCAUAGAGAAAGCAGAUAAGAUUGUGGUUAUUGACCAAGGUAGAGUCAUUGCACAAGGCAAGCAUAGAGAGCUUGUGGAACAGAAUGGACUAUAUUCAAAGCUUGUGAAGCGCCAAAUAUUAGGUCUUGAAAAAAGGAAUUGUUCAAGUGACAAUACACAGCGGCUGGGACUUACACACAGGGAUCAUUCUGAUUCAGAUGGUGACAGUAGCAGUUCUGACCUUUCUUCUAGUCCACGUAUUUCAGCUUUGUCUAAACAUUAAUCAGGCUAUGGCAGGGGUUUCAUUAAGGGCUGGGCAUGGGGCAAAUAGACCGACUGUGAGGACCAUUUUGCUCCCCUGGUUUGACCAUCUAGGGGAAAGUUUUUUUUUUAUAUAAAGAAGUUUUAUCCACCUGUGAAAUCCAGUUGCCCUCCUGCUGAUAACUUUAAUGAGACCCCUGCUUAUGGUAGUAAUAAGGGCUGUUGCCAAAAAAAAUUAUGACUGAGCCAGUGUUAUAUACCAGUAUUUGUUUAUUUUUUAUUUUAUGCUAGCAGUGGCUUACUUUCCCCCUUCAAAAUAACAACAACAAAAACAAAAAAAAAACGACUGAGACUUGCUUGUUACUAGCUGCCACCUUGGUAAUGACUGACUUAGUAAUUUAAUCCUUUAGGUUCUUAGUUGGAGAACAAGUUAAGAGUUAGCAAGAUUUCGAACUUACCAAUGUUAACAGCCAACUGUAAAAUUCAUGUGGACCAGCUUAAACUUUCACUACAGUUGACAAUAUUUAGAUCCUCUGACUGAGGACUUACUUCUAGCUGUGUAUGGCAGCUUGUUGAUGUUCUCUGAUAUUGUAAAGUACCUUUGAACAUUAGAAUUCUGGUACUAUAAAAAUCUUUUAUUAAAUUAUAUAUAGUUAAUAAGAAUAUUAUUAUUAUUAUAUUAUUAUUUAAUCCCUUUCAUGACGAUUGUCUACUCUUGUUCUUUGGCUAAAAAUCCUUAAAGGCUUUGCAUUCUGACUGAGAUAAUUCAUAGUACAUUUGUAUUAAUUAAUUUAUUGGUCUCAUGACAAGUUCUGUGAACUUUGAUCAGAGUGCAAAGCCUUAAAGGAACUACAUCACAGUUUGCACAUCUUGAAAAGUUUAGUCUAAAUUAGUCUAAAUAAAAAGCUUUUAUUAUAUUAUAUAUAG